UUAACACAACUUCAGGCUUCUCUGCCGUCGUGCCGAGUGCCGAGUCGCCGACUUCGUGCUUGAAUCAUUCUCUUUGCAGUUUCCCCUCGGCAGUUGGUCGGUCGGCGCAUUUUCGCCCAACAAAACGCGAAUAAACACAGUCCAACUAAAUACUUUUUUUUAUACAUGUUAAAUUAGUUCAAUACACCUCAUCGGCUGAUCCAUCCGACGGGAACAACAUCAUCCGCACGAAGGUGUACUAGCAAAUACUUGUUCAAAAUGAGUGCUAUGGAAAAUGGGGCUGGAAAUGCCGCCCCUGCAGCGAAAAAGAAAGAGAAGACUAUCGAGGGUAUGUACCAGAAGAAGACCCAACUGGAACAUAUUUUGCUCAGGCCUGACACUUACAUUGGUUCUGUUGAACCCGUACAAGAAAAUAUGUGGGUUUAUGACAAAGAAAAGGAGAUGAUGAUUCAGAAAGAGAUCAAGUAUGUUCCUGGAUUGUACAAAAUCUUUGACGAAAUUUUGGUUAACGCAGCUGAUAACAAACAGCGUGAUCCCAAAAUGGACUCUAUCAAAAUUGACGUAGAUGUCGACAACAAUACUAUUUCUGUUUGGAACAAUGGUAAAGGUAUUCCAGUUGUAGUUCACAAAGAAGAAAAAAUGUUUGUUCCAACUAUGAUCUUUGGUCACUUACUGACGUCUUCUAAUUAUGAUGAUGAAGAGGAAAAAGUAACUGGAGGCAGAAACGGUUAUGGUGCUAAGCUGUGUAAUAUUUUCAGUCACCGCUUUACAGUAGAAACUGCUUGCAAAGAGUAUAAAAAAUCUUUUAAGCAAACGUGGGGUGAUAACAUGGGAAAGGCCUCUGAAGCAAAGAUCAAAGAUUUCCAUGGGGAAGAUUUCACAAAGGUAACAUUUUCGCCAGACUUGAAAAAAUUCAAAAUGGACAAACUCGAUGAUGAUAUUACUUCAUUGAUGGCUAGAAGAGCAUAUGACGUUGCUGCCUCAACUCGAGGUGUGAAAGUUUACUUGAAUGGCACAAAAGUACCUAUCAAGUCUUUCAAAGACUAUGUUGAUCUAUUUAUAAAAGGAAAAGAGGAUGAUACCGGAAACCCUCUAAAAAUUACUUACGAAAACAGCAGCCCUAGAUGGGAAGUUGCUGUGACACUAUCCGACAAAGGCUUUCAACAAAUGUCCUUUGUCAACAGUAUAGCCACAACAAAGGGUGGUCGUCAUGUUGACCAUGUAGUCGAUCUGAUUGUAAAACAGCUUAUAGAGACACUGAAGAAAAAAAAUAAGGCUGGCCUUCAAAUCAAACCUUUUCAAAUUAAAAACCAUCUUUGGGUGUUUGUCAACUGCUUGAUAAACAAUCCAACAUUUGACUCUCAAACCAAAGAGAAUAUGACACUGCAACAAAAAAGUUUUGGCUCCAAGUGUACUCUUAGUGAUAAAUUCAUCAACAACGUAACAAAAAGUGGAAUAGUUGAAUCUGUCUUGUCAUGGGCCAAAUUCAAAGCCGAUAGUCAACUUCAAAAACUCGGUCCUAAAUCAAAACAAAAAAAACUAUCUGGUAUACCUAAAUUGGAAGAUGCUAAUGAUGCUGGUACAGGAAGAUCAUUAGACUGUACGCUUAUAUUGACUGAGGGAGACUCAGCCAAAGCAUCGGCUAUGUCUGGUAUUGGUAUUAUUGGUCGCGACAAAUUUGGAGUUUUUCCUCUUAAAGGUAAAAUUCUUAAUGUAAGAGAAGCCACACAUAAACAGAUUCUUGAAAAUUCCGAAAUCAACAAUUUAAUAAAAAUUCUUGGUCUGCAAUACAAAAAGAAAUAUGAAACUAUGGAUGACUUAAAAACAUUAAGAUAUAGAAGAAUCAUGAUCAUGACUGAUCAGGACCACGAUGGAUCCCACAUCAAAGGUCUUUUGAUCAACUUCAUUCAUCACAAUUGGCCAUCUCUGUUGAAACUAAACUUUAUUGAAGAAUUCAUUACACCAAUUGUAAAAGCCAAAAAGGGAAAUCAUGAGUUGCAAUUUUUCUCGAUACCAGAGUUUGAGACGUGGAAAAAAGAAACUGAAAAUUCGCACACUUACACCAUCAAAUACUACAAAGGUUUGGGUACGUCUACUUCAAAAGAGUCCAAGGAAUACUUUCAGAACAUGGCUCGCCAUCGAAUUCGAUUUAGGUAUGAUGGCGAACAGGAUGAUCAGAACAUUAUUAUGGCUUUUAGUAAAAAGUGCAUUGAACAACGCAAAGAGUGGCUGACUAACUAUAUGGAGGAAACGAAGCGGCGGAAAGAAAUCGGUCUCGGUGAACGCUACCUUUACGAAAAAGACACCCGAGCCAUUUCUUUCUCAGAUUUUAUCAACGUCGAACUUGUACUUUUCAGCAAUUACGAUAACGUGAGAUCAAUCCCAAACAUGAUAGAUGGUUUAAAACCUGGACAGAGAAAAGUAUUAUACACUUGCUUUAAAAGGAAUGAUAAGAAGGAAGUGAAGGUAGCGCAACUGAGUGGUGCCGUUGCUGAAAUGUCGGGCUAUCAUCACGGUGAAAUGUCCCUCGCGGCCACAAUCGUUAAUUUGGCACAGAAUUUUGUGGGCAGCAAUAACAUUAAUCUGCUACAGCCCAUUGGUCAAUUCGGUACGAGGGGUACAGGUGGUAAGGACGCUGCCAGUGCUCGUUACAUUUACACCAAACUUAGUCCGUUAGCACGUUUCAUCUUUCACAAACAUGAUGACCCCAUAUACACUUAUGAAUAUGACGACAACAAGAAGAUUGAGCCAACGUUUUAUUCACCAAUCAUUCCUAUGGUUUUGGUAAACGGCGCUGACGGUAUUGGUACUGGUUAUAUGACAAAGAUUCCCAACUACAAUCCUAGAGAAAUUAUUGAAAACAUUCUUAGAAUGAUGGAUGGUGCUGAUCCAAAACCUAUGAUUCCAUACUAUAAAAAUUUCAAAGGCACUGUAGAAAGCUGCGGUGAAUACCGGUACGUCAUUAGCGGCGAGAUCUCAAUAAUAGGGCCUGAUAAGAUUGAGAUUACCGAAUUACCUAUCGGCAUGUGGACACAAGUUUACAAAGAAAGUGUUUUAGAACCUAUGCUCAAUGGCACAGACAAGGCACCUGCCGUUAUAUCUGAUUUCAAAGAUUAUUCUACUGACAUAACGGUUCGCUUUAUUGUUACUCUUCCAAAAGAUAAAUUGUAUGAUUUAGAGAAAGAAGGUCUUCACAAAGUAUUUAAAUUACAAAACACAACAACCAUAACGUCUAUGUGCGCUUUUGACGAAAAUUUGUGUCUAAAAAAAUAUGACAAUGUCUUACAAAUAAUGAGGACAUUCUUUAAAGUACGCUUAGAUAUGUAUCAAAAACGGAAAGAUUAUCUCGAAGGUAUAUUGCAAGCAGAAUCUGCCAAAUUGUCUAACCAAGCUAGGUUUAUAUUAGAGAAGUGUGAUGGUUCUCUCGUCAUUGAAAACAAAAAGAAAAAAGACAUGAUUGCAGAACUUGUAAGAAAAGGCUAUGAUUCUGAUCCGAUAUUAGCAUGGAAAAUGACACAGAAUCGAGAAGAAGUCUUGGCAAUGCAAGAAGAAGUGGCUGAAAAUGCAGAAGAUGAAAGCCAAGUUUCAGCAACAUCCAUAGUAAAAGAAAACUAUGAUUACUUGUUGGGUAUGGCCAUGUGGAAUUUGACUAAGGAAAAAAAGGAUGAGCUGCUGAGACAAAAAGAUGACAAGCUUGCUGAACUGCACAGACUGCAAGCUCAGACGCCUUUGUCACUGUGGAAACACGAUUUAGAUGAACUUCUCAACAAGCUUAACGAAGUUGAAGAAAAAGAAAGGAAGGAAGACAUAAAAGACCUUAACAAAGCAAAGAAACCUAUGGGAAAAAUCCAUAAGGAAGAGAAUGCUCGAAGAAUAGCACCUACGAUUGAUACUGAAUUAAAGAAGAAGAUUGAAAAAGCAGAUGUUGUAGUUAAAGACAAAAAAGAAGGAAUAAAAAAAGAGCGCAAGGUCAAGAAAGAAAAGGGUGUCGUUGAAGAGAAGGAUGAGUUUGAUGCAUUAAUCGAAGGCAAUGCUAAGACUCUAGAUGACCGAGUAGGCUCUUCUCCAGAUAAACAAGAAAAGAAAGGCAAAAAAGGAAGCUUAAAACAAUCCAAGUUGCCUUUCAAACCUACAAAGAAAACGAAAAAAGAUAAGAACUCUGAUGACUCUGAGAGCGGGAGUGAUGUUGAAAUCAACUUUGAUUCUCUGUCCCCGCCACCAGCACCACGACAGCCUCGUAGAGCAGCAGCUGUUCAAAAGAAGUACAAGCUUAGCAGUGAAGAGUCUGACAGCAGUGAAGCUGAACUCCACAGCAUUGGUUCAGAUGAUGAAAAACCUGCCACGAAAAAAGUGGAUUCAAAAAAAGUUGUCCCUAUUGAUAGUGAUUCAGAUGACGAUUUAGUCAAAGUAAAGAAAGGAUCAUCAUCAGAAGCAAAACCUAGUUCCGAAGAAUUAUUCGAUUCAUUAGUUUCGUCGGGUACUCCAGAAAAGAAGUCUGCACCAGUGAUGAUCUCUUCCAGUGAAGACUCUUCCCCUGUCAAGCCUCCUCCUAAGAAAGCUGCGCCUAAGAAAAAAGCUGAAAAUGGUGCUGGCAAAACAACAGCAAAACGACCGACUAAGAAAAAGGCGAUCAGAUCGGACUCAGAUUCAGACGACAUGUUCUCUGUCAAGUCUAGCCCUGUUAAGAAAAAACACAAGAAGGACGACUCUGAUCAGGACGAGUCCAUGGAAGUAGAAGACACUCCACCUCCAAGAAAACCUGUCGGUCGUUCCCGAAAGCCUGUUUCUUACGCUAUCAAAUCAGAUGACGAUGAUAACGACUCUGAUUGAAACUAAAGCGAUAAGUUGAUAAACAAUUAUCUGCAAUAUUGCGAUGUUAAACAGAAUUGACGAAUCUCGCAGUACAAUCUCUAUGAUACUCAACAAUGAAGAAUCGAUUGUGAGGUCUUAACGUAAAUUUAUAUUGUAUUGUCCUGUACAUACAUAUAUUUGUAUAUAAUUGUAAAGAAUUAGUGCUUCGUACUUUUCCGAGCUCGUUAGCGACUUUUCCGUCGCAGACAGUGAAAUUGAAGUUAUAGAAAAGUUUGAAUACUAAUUUUUUACAUAUCAACAUAAUUAUUGUCAAUGAUAAUUGUCACGUGUCCUGUGAAAAUCAGUUUUGCUCUAAACGAAACGAUUUAGAUAAGUAUUUAAUAAACUAUUAAUUUCUGUUCUUUUUUUUUUCAAUCUUGUAUUCAUUAUAUUAAAGCGAACAUUGUCAUUUUUAUAUUUGUUUACAAACCACUUUCACAUCGACUUUUCAUACAUAGUUGUAAUAAUAGCUUUUUUAAUAAAAUAAUUUUGAAAUGUCAAAA